GCUUUUUAUCAAAUAAUAACCGUCAAUUUUUAGAAAAGUUGUUAGUGAUGUGUGAAUAAAUAAACGAAUAAAAAUGAGUGAAACUAAUUUUGCUUUUAGUGCUCCGCAAUACUACGACUUUGCUUCAUUUACCGAAGAAGAUGUUAGAGAUUUAGAACAAUACUUUGAAGUAGAUCAUGAAUCCAAACAGAAUCACAUUGACGAAUUCGUCCUAAUCAGCAGUGAUGAUGAUAUUGAAGAAUUCUGUUCUGUACUAGUUGAAGAUGUGGCAGUUGAAGACACUAACUCACGUAAUAAAUUAAGAAAAUCCUUUAGUACUGGCAAUAUUUUAACAGCAUGGCAAUCCACGAAAUUAGGGGAAGAAGUACAUGAUUCAAACACCAAUAAUUGUCAAUUAAAUAAUUUAAAAGGAAAGAAAAAGAUUCAAAAUUGUCUAAGUUCUACAUCUCUUUUUAAAGAAGACAGGCCACUUCAUAGAGUAACACAAUCCUGUGUAUCUCAAGAAUGGAUUAAUAAAUUAGCCCAGCCGAAGUAUAACUCGCACAAUUCUCGUUUUGUUAGUAUGGCUGAAGCUGUACAAAGAUUUCAAAGAGAAACUCCUACACGUUAUCGUUCUAAACUAUAUAGUAAACCGCACAGUGCUUCGAUCACCGUUGAUCACAAUAUCCCAAAACCGCCAACUGUUCCUAAGUCACCAGCUUUAUAUACCAGAAAUAGAAUUCGAUCUUCUACUCUUCCCUCCAGGGAGCAACGGGAACUAAUGGAGUUUAAAGAAGCUCAAAAGAAUAAAAUUGUUUCUCAUCCUGUUAAUCGAAAGAUACUUAGAAGCCCUGCUGCAAAAGUACCUGUUGAAAUUAAACCUUCUACUGUCCCUCAACCCUUUCACUUAACCGAAUCUAACAAAAAGGAGCCUCCAAAAACUGACCUAGAGGAGUUUAAAUUCCAUGCAAAUCCGGUACCCAAAGGUUUGUUUAAUGCUAUUGAAAACCCAGUUAUAAAAAAAAGUAGCACAACUCAGCCCAGGACUCCAGCUCUCCUAAAACGGUAUAACGCUCUAAUGCAAGAGAAAGCUGAGAAAGAAAAGAAAGAAAUGGGUAACGAACCGUUCAAAAACAUGCAUGUGGAAGGUGAAAAUAAAUUUAAUGUCGAAUCAAAUGAAGAAUGCUCCGAUAAAAAUGCGAAAAAGUGUACUGAAGUGAGGCCUUUUAGUUUUGAAGAAAGAGACAGACUAAUACAAAAAAAGAAAGACGAGGCUCUUCAAAAGAUCAUGGAAGAAGAAAGGAAAAUGAGAGAAUUUCACGCAAAACCAGUGCCCAAGUUUAUUUAUGAAAAGAAAGUUCGUAUGUCAGAAGCGUUGGCACCUAAACAGUAUUUAGUAAAUGCUGAAAAAUCGUCUCAGAAGUUGGAACAACCGGCUCCUCAGUUCAAAGCUCGACCUGCCAAAGUACUCCAAAUGAAACCGUUUGAACCUCAAAAACCUAUGAAACAUUUGAGAGAAAUCCCUAGUUUUGAACUGAACACCGAUCGAAGGGCUAAAGAAAGACAAAUGUUUGAGGAAAAGAUGAAGUAUAGGGAUGAACUGAUAAAAGCACAAAGACAGAGGAUGGAACAAGAAAAAAUUCGACAUGAGGAAGAAGAAGUCGCUAAUCUUCGAAGAGUGAUGGAAUAUAAAGCGCAGCCAAUAAGGCGUUACAAACCGAUCGAACCUGCUCCAACAAAGAGCCUCACAGAACCCCAUAGUCCUCAGUUCAAUCUGAAUAGUCGUACUAAACGUCAUAAUAACAAAGAAAAUAUUACGGGAUGAAUACGUCGACUGUUUCAACUAACAUGUACCUAAUAAGUUUUUGACACAUUCAUUUGAAGAAGAUGCGUUAUGUUGUGGGUUUCCAUAUUUUUUUAUAUUUAUACAAAUGCAACAGUAAUUUUUUAUGUAAACUUCUCCUUCUUAUUAAAGGAUUGUACAUUU